CGCCUGGAGCCGCUCGCGUAACAUGCCGGUGCCACGCACCCUGCUUUAAACAACAUCAGGAUGCACGCCGUGGGCCUCCACUCCGCGCUCGCCAUCCGCCGCGAGCGCAAGCGGCGCGCCGAGCAGCAGCGCGCCAAGGAGCGCCGCUACUCGCUGCAGUCCUCCGAGUCCGGCGUCACCUCGCCGCACUGCUCCACCGGCAGCCUCGAGCGCCGCCGCUUCAAGAACACGCGCACCAGCGAAAAUGAGGUCGUCUCCUCCGUGGGCAUGCUCCACCUCGGGGUCGUCUUCCUCGUGCUCGGCUUCUUCCUCGUCGGCUCGGGUCUCCUUCCCGACGACGUCACGUCCUGGAGCACCAUCGGCUCCGGCAACUGGUUCAACGAGCUGGUUUGGUCCGGACUAUUCGCGGUAGGAAUAGGAAUAUUCCUGAUCGUGCUGCACAAAUAUCUGACGAAGAGCGAGGAGGAUGCGCUGGAGGAGUACGUGCAGCGCCAGCUGACGAGAUCGCGGUCGGGUCACCGGCUGGAGAGAGACACGGAGACGGGAGGUAUGACGACGAAGCACGCGAGACGAGCGCGCGCCGCCGAGGUCCUCCCCGAGACCGUCACGGAGACGUACACGGAGCCGCCGCCGGACCGCGCGCACGGGUUCGUGAACGCGCUGGCCCUGAACGGCGACGCCCUGCGCGAGUCCCCGCUCGAGCAGAUCGUGGAGGAGGAGUGCUCGCUGGCGUCGGAGAGCGAGCGGCGGCUGGGCAAGUUCAACCGCGACACGUACUCGACGCCGUCGGUGGCGCCGAGCCUCAGCCCCGGCUCGCCCUCCGACACGCGCGAGCUGCUGGCCGACGGCCGCUACAUGAUCAUGUCGCGCAUGUGAACGAACGCGUCUCCGGCUCCUUCGCAUUCUUAGUGCCACUCGAUUGUACCCUGACGAUUUACUUUGGUCCUUAAGCCGGGUUUCAGUGAGCCGCUCGACUUCUACUUUAAUCCGAUGACUUUUGCGGCGAGGCGUCGGUGGUGUGCGUCUUUUGAGGUCUUCAGCGCCUCGCCCUUUGGUGUAUGCUUCGACGCUUGCGACAGACUAUCAGUGGCGUUACUUAGAUCGAAAGCUUCUCUAUUUUAUAUUUUAACAGACGGACCAACUCUCGGUAGAUUUUAGUGUUAAGUCGUGACGACCACUUCUCACAAUUGCAAUAAAAAAUUGAAAAACAGCGAUCCAAAACUGUUUCACAAAACGAUUAUUAUGUCGAAUUGCAAUUGUAAGACGUGAUAACGAGUUGUAUAUUUUAUCAAUUAUCUAUGGGAAUCCGUAUGUAUUGGCUUGAGACUGAUUGUUAAUAUACUGUACUUUUACCUGACGGUUUUAUACGAUAUUAAUUAUUGUUUGUUUGCCUAUUACUUCACUGUUUACACAAAAUACUUUGUAUUCUUGAUAUUGUAUAGUUCUAUUAUCAACUAGUUUCACUUGACCGAGUGGAUUUUUCAAAGAAAGCACCGAAAUUACUGAUCAUGUUUAAUGAUUCCAAUUUUAGCCCUUUUUAAUUAUCUUUAUUGAGAAAAAAGACAUUUUACUGUUUAUCUGGAAUGUAGUUUAAAAUAGUAACAGCCCGUUUUAGAAUUCCGUACAGUCUUCGUAUCAAGUGCCAAAAUAUUUAGGGCAUUUAUUUCUAUAUGCAAUUAAAAUAUUCACAGAAACUUUUAACAAAUCUUGUAGUUUAUUUACUGUGAUUCAAUCUGCAUUUAUAAGGUUGUAAUUUGUAAUUAAUUAAGUUGUAUCCUGCAUUUAAUAAUUAGUUUGGUUGUGGCUGUGACACGUUUGCGAGCGACAAAAUGACAAGUCGUCAAUAUCUAAACCUUACUACUUUUGACGAAGAAAGAUGCAAAUCUAGUUGUAUCUAUUUUCGUGGAAGGUGAACAUAAUGUAUUGAGAUAUAUAGUGAACAUUGAUAUUAAAUAUAAGCUUAAGAACACGAGCUUAGCUUCACCAUGCUCAAACUUUAAAUAUUACUUAGUUGUUUUGUAACUCCUCUCCUAGUAUUUUCAAUGUCCUUUUGAAUCUUCGCAAAGGCCGGUGUGAUAAAAUUUAAAGUGAAGCUCAUCCUACCAUUGAGUUGUGAGGGAGACCAUAGAUUAAAUAAAAGUUCUUAUAUUUUAAUCUAUGGUGUGAUACCAAAUUGUAAAGUUUAUCACAUUUGUCGUGUAUAGUUUUUGGAUCCUAGCUCUAAUCUAAUGUAAGUGCUGUCUAUAGCAUUGCCUUAUAACGAACUGUCUCACCAGUUGUGUGUAAUGUAUGAGCACAAUUUAACUACUAAACUAAAUAGAUGUAGGCUGUGAGAGGAAAAUAUCAAAAUACGACUUAAUUUGAGUCACAAAAGCGCGGAUUUUUAGGUAUUUUUCUAUCACGUUAUCUAAGGUAGCUUCAUUUCAAAUUGGUCCUUCUAUAUAAGGUGUAUACUUAGAUUUAUCUUCCAAUAUUAUUAUGGCGGUCCUGCCAAAAAAAAUACAAUACGGCCUGUCGCUUAAUUUCAGAGACAUAGUUAAUUUAUGUACCCAUAUUCCUUCCCCUAUCAUUAUACUCACCUUAAAUUAUUUUUUCUUACAUAACUUACUACCUUUUUGUUUAAGUCUUUCUUCAAUAAUUACAUGGGAUUUUCCUUGCUUCAUCUUUUUUAAACUUCUACCUAAACUUUCCAUAAUUUCUUAUUCAGCCUUGUCCCUAAAAAAACUCAAAAAUAAAAGCGUGUAUUAAAUUUAAAAUUUAAAAGUUAAAAUUAAAUAGUAAACAGAAAUA